UGAUUUUCACCGUAAGCAAGCAUGGGAAAGAUGGUUGUCUGCUAAUGCAAAUGGAAUGAGAUCAGUCAAGCACACUGCUCUUUGUUUACUUAGACGAAUAGCUGCUUCUGAAACACAGGAAGAAUAUGACAUUGCUAUACAAGCUCUACACAAGGAUCCAAUAUGGAUCUCUACAAAUAGCAUUAAAUUUAAAAGUUACAUAGAAAACACAUGGUUGCCUGAGAAAAAGCGUUGGGUCAAAGCAUUCAGAAGUGGAAUAUUAGAGACAGUUGUAAAUACAAACAACGGUGUUGAGCGAAAAAACAGAGAUUUCAAACAUGAGUUUUUAAAUCAGUAUAAGGAUAACUCGUUAAGUGGAAUGGUGACAGUUCUUGUUGAUCAAUUUAUUCCUGAGACAUACAGCAGGUAUGUGGAAGCUAAUAUUCGUCGCUGCUCAGACUACAGACUCUACAAUAGCAACCUUCCAAAAUGGCUUUGUAAUAAACCUGAGAAUUUCACAAGACAUUGUAUAGAAAAAUUUGGUCUUGUGAAGGACUGCAAUAACCUAAAAAUUACAUUCCAUGAAAAUUCUAAGAAUAAGCAAAUGUAUGAGGUAAAAAGCUUCACAAGUGCAAAAAGUUAUAUUGUCACUAUUGGAGGUCAAGACACUAAGUUCCCUGAUUGCCAAUGCAUAGAAUGGAAGAAAACAUUGAUGCCAUGCAAACAUAUGGUAGCAAUCUUUCAACAUUGCGAUGGAGUUAGUUGGGAUUUAUUGCCAGAUAGUUACCGAUUUUCUCCAUACUUUUGUUUGGAUAAUUCAGUCAUUUAUGGUAAUGAAUCUUGUCAUGAAGAAGAAUCUAAUAUAUGUUUUGAAGACAACUUAUCUGAGACACAAGGUCAUGUUAUUUUGGAAAAUGUGCAGAAUAAAAUAUACCCUAAGCAAACAAAUGCAUCAUCAUGUAGAGAUAUCCUUUCUCAAAUAAAAACAUUAAGUUACUUAGUUUAUGAUGAGAUUGUGGUUAAAUCCUUAAAAUUUAAACUUCAAGAAAUCCUAAAUGAGCUUCAAACACUUGUCCCUAAACACGACAACAUCCCAUUAGAAAGGAAUGAAGUUACUAAGAAAAAAAGGUGUGCAUGUGCAAUUUCAGAUAAAUUACCUAAACCAAAAAUUUUGAAAACAAAAUUUACCGAAGAAAAAAAGGAGAAACAAGAUAUAAUUGAAGAAUAUGCACCUUUAGACGAUUUUUUUUACAAUAUUCCUAUUGAACCAAUGUGA